AUGGGCAAAUCAGCUUACAAACAGUUCAACAAUGAGGUCCUGAAGGCCCACAAUGAGUACCGGCAGAAGCACGGGGUCUCCUCACUAAAACUCUGCAAGAAGCUCAAUCGGGAGGCUCAAAAGUAUUCCGAGGCCCUGGCCAGCACAAGGAUCCUCAAGCACAGCUCGGAGGCCAGUCGAAACCAGUGUGGGGAGAACCUGGCUUGGGCAUCCUACAACCAGCCAGGGAAGGAAGUGGCUGAUAGGUGGUACAAUGAAAUCAAGAGCUACAACUUCCAGCAGCCAGGCUUCACCUCAGGGACAGGACACUUCACAGCCAUGGUAUGGAAAAAUACAAAGAAGAUGGGAGUGGGAAAGGCAUCUGCAAGUGACGGGUCCUCAUUUGUGGUGGCCAGAUACUUCCCUGCAGGAAAUAGAAUCCGUCCUGAACCAGGCACAAAUAUGGAUCUUUUCCAAAUUCUUAGCAUAGACGACUGA